AUGUUCCCGCUGCGGUUUGAGACUCUCCAAGAUUUGUUAAGCGAAAAUGAGAAACGUCCUUUUGUGGAAGAAGCUGAGCGGCUGAGGGUCCAGCACAAAAAGGAUCACCCGGAUUAUAAAUACCAGCCACGGAGGAGGAAAAGCGUAAAAGCCGGGCAGAGCGAUUCCGACUCCGGAGCUGAGCUCAGCCACCACGCGGGCACGCAGAUCUACAAAGCGGACAGCGGGCUAGGAGGCAUGGCCGAUUCCCACCAUCACGGCGAUCACACAGGCCAGACCCAUGGGCCACCCACCCCACCCACCACCCCCAAAACCGACCUCCACCACGGCAGCAAGCAGGAGCUGAAGCACGAGGGCCGCCGCCUCGUGGAGAGUGGCCGGCAGAACAUCGACUUCAGCAACGUGGACAUCUCGGAACUGAGCAGCGAAGUCAUCAACAACAUGGAGACCUUCGACGUGCAUGAGUUCGACCAGUACCUGCCGCUCAAUGGCCACGCCGCCAUGCCAGCCGACCACGGCCCCAAUGCUGCUGCUGGCUCCUAUGGCGCAUCCUACUCACACUCGGCCACGGGCACCGGUGGGACCAACCAGGUCUGGACUCACAAAAGCCCGGCCUCGGCAUCGCCGUCGUCCGCCGACUCAGGCCAGCAAAGGCCGCACAUCAAAACGGAGCAGCUGAGCCCCAGCCACUACAGCGACCAGUCCCACGGCUCCCCUGCGCACUCCGACUACGGCUCCCACAGACCCCGCCGCCCCUAUGCGCCCCCCACCCUCACCGGCUUGUCCAUCCCACCGGCCCACAGCCCCACUGCUAACUGGGACCAGCCGGUCUAUACGACCCUGACAAGGCCUUAAAGGAUGCGCAGAGCCCCCAAGGGCUUCCCUGACAUAUGCACUAAUGAAGGAAUGAAGACGAAGAGUGUGGAGUGCCGUGAUAGUUUCCGAAGUGCCUCCUGAGCCACUGGGAACUCUGCUCGUUGCGAUUGGAUGUCCCCUUGCUUCAAAACUCUCCAAAAGGACAGAGCUCUAUUUUUCUUUAAUUAAUACAAUUUAAAAAAAUAAAAAAAGAAUUAAAAAAAAAAAGGACCGUUAAUUCCUUUUGAAUAAAUGAAGGACAAAACCAUUCGACUCCUCUGUGAGGACUGAACUGAACUUACUCGUCGUGGAAGUUGAC